AUGUUCGAGCUCAAGCUAAAACAAGGGAAACUACUGGCGAGAGCCGUGUUGCCGCUCGUGAACAUGGAUGGGAUAGGCAUAAUCGAAUGCUCGCCAAAUAGUUUCUUGCUGCAGACUACGAACAAAAAGAGCUUCGCUUUCGCAGAGAUCCGAAUCUGUCGUCCGAGCUUCAUUACCUUUUUCGUUGAUGUCCUCUACAUGUUUGUCGCUAACCUCACUGAAUUUCAGAGUAUACUGUGCACUACUGAUAAUGAAGAGGAUCUCACUAUCACCUAUCACCAAGAACGUAAUUCUCAAGAUCGUAAUUCUGAAUUCCUCCGUUUAACUUUCUCGGAUACUACUGGAGUUCAUCCAGUUAGAGACAAGGACUUGGAUCUCUUUGAUUACUCUUGUAAACAAAUGAAUUGGGAUACAUCACAACUGAAUUUUGAAGUGGUUGUUGGGAUUCCAUCACUGGAUUUUAGGCCACUUUAUGAAAGUCUGAGCGAAUUUGGGGAUACAGUUCACAUAUCUGUAACUGCUGAACUAGUUACAUUCACUACAGAACCCAUGCAGUUUGUCCUUGUAAAGGAGGUACUGGAGACACACACCGGUUUGUUUUGUGAUCAUUCUUCAACACAUGGAGACAUACCUCGAGACAUCAUACAUGUGGGCAUCACUACUCUCGGACACAAUAUGGAUGCUCUGAUUGGUUUUUCCUCUGAACUUCCUGACCUGCCAGAUAGCAGGAAAUGGCUACUCACUUCAGAUGAAAAGGGCUGGGACAUUGCAGCGAUCCGAAUCAGUUCUUCUUGUUUCGAUGGCUUUUCCUGUGAUUCAUAUCAUUGCUUGGUUGGUGUUAAUCUCAAUCACUUGAACACUGUGCUGCGCACCAUUAGUGAUGAAGAUGCUCUCACUAUCACCUACAAUUCUGAACAACAUUCCAAUUUCAUCCGUCUCACCUUUGAGGAUACUGCUGGAUCUGGUUCAUCCACCAGCCAUCUAAUCUCUUUCCUGUUUCAGCACAGUUUUGACGAGCCUAAAUACAAGGAGAUGAUUUUGUUUGAUAUCCCUUUGAACCAAGUGAUUGUGGAUAUAACAGACUACGAAUUUGAAGUGGUUGUUGGGAUACCAUCAUGGAUUUUUAGAAAUAGCUUACGACUUCUGAGCCAUUAUGCCCAGUCAGGGCCAGGUCUGUAUUAUAGUUCAAUUCUGCAAGAUAUUCCAAUCAAAGUAACUGUAACCGCGGCACAAGUUAAACUCGAUAGACUUACUGAGAUUGUCCAUGAAAAGGAGCAAGAGGAAUGCAUCAUUGGAGGCGCUGGAGAAAAUACGCUUCAUUUUGACAUGAGUUUUGAUAUCGUGCAGUCAUACUUGGAGGCAUCGAAUCUUUCAGACACAGUAUGGAUGUUCUGCUCCCACAAUGGGCCUGCAAUGCUGAAUAUUCCCAUUUGGCCGCUUGGUAACAUCUUGUACAGUUUUUUUUGGGGAUGA